ACCUAAUCCUCAGUGGGUUUUACUAUAUAUAUUCUCUGCCCAAGAAUAUUGAUGUUAUUCUGAACACAUCCUCAAUACAGCUUAAUUUCAGAUUCUGACUUCUUCAAGUUUUGUAGUAAAGCCUUAAAUUGUUAUAGCAUGGAAGGCAAAGUUUUCACAGAAGAGCAGGAAACACUGGUGGUGAAGUCAUGGGGUGUGAUGAAGCAGAAUGCUGCUGAAUUGGGCCUUAAGUUUUUCUUGAAGGUCUUUGAAAUUGCACCAUCAGCUCAGAAGCUGUUCUCUUUCUUGAAGGACUCUGAUAUUCCUCUUGAGAAGAACCCAAAGCUCAAGUCUCAUGCCAUGUCUGUCUUUGUCAUGACUUAUGAAUCAGCCGUUCAACUGAGGAAAGCAGGCAAAGUUACAGUGAGAGAGUCAACCUUGAAAAGAUUAGGUGGUGUCCACUUCAAGUCUGGAGUGGUAGAUGAACAUUAUGAGGUGGUCAAGUUCGCAUUGUUGGAAACAAUAAAGGAGGCAGUGCCAGAAAUGUGGUCAGCAGAGAUGAAGAAUGCAUGGGAAGAAGCUUACGAUCAGUUGGUUGCUGCUAUAAAAUCGGAAAUGAAGCCCUCCACUUAAAUGAAGCCCUCCCCUUACGAUCAGUGCUACAACUCAAGUUCUUUCUCUCAUUUGUAAUUUAAUAAGAUGGAAAGACUGUGCGCCUCUCUUUGUUUGGUUGCUUGUGCUUUUCUUUUGUUUAAGUAGCAAUUCUAGUUUCUUUUUCCCCUUUUCCAUAACAUUUAUGUAUUUUUUUGUAAGAUUAUGAAUUUUAAAUUUGAGACAAACUUUAACCCGUUA